AUGGCGCCAUCUUCCGACAGUUCGGCCCCCCGAUUACGUAUCUCCACCGAGUCUCUUUACCAAAAACUUCCCACUUUGGCCGAGGUGCUGGAUAACACCGCCCACUACCCAUACACCUUGGAAUCCUUUGUGGAGUAUCUCUCCCAGAAUCACUGCUCCGAAGCUCUGGAGUUCUUGGUAGAAACAGACCACUACAAGAAGACCUACUACGCCAGCCGCCAACCACACGACGAAUCCAAUUUAUUCUUAUCAGACUCGGAGCUCGAGCAGUUGAUGGUACUCUGGAGACAGCUUCUCGCGCUCUACAUCUCCAAUGGAUCGCCCCGUGAAAUUAACGUAACAGGGGAGGAUCGACAGCGCUUGAUCGAGCUCACCAAUGCCACAUCACCUCCCUCUCCACGUCUCAUCGACCCAAUCGUCCAGAGCACCUACGAUCUCCUUGAAACCUCAAUAUUCAUCCAAUUCCUAGCCAGUCGGGCUUCCUCAUCUCCCACACUCCCAUCGACACGAAAAUUGCACCUAGCGAAAGACCAGUUCGGGCUCUCCAGCCUCGACGAUGUGACCGCACAAUUCAUGAUGGAGGGACAACACAUGCGGUGCUCGUCGGUACCGCCCGACUCAUCAAGACGUAUAUCAGGCGCCAGCUUCAACCCCGACUUUCAUCCGCCCUUCAGUGGGACGUCUAUAACCUUCAAGGACGAACGAACUAUUCCGUCGCAUGUCGGUCUCACUUCCGGCAGCGCUCCCGACAGUCUACAGGGGCCCAAUCGCGCUGAUAUUCCACUUAGCCGAAGGUCAAGCCAUUCAUCGAAAUCUAGAGUACGGGGCUGGUGGAGGAUCGGGGUGAAUCUGUUCCGGUGAUCUCUUCCAGGGAACGGGCUUUGCUGGCCUGUGGUCCCUCUGGCGUGAUGCUCCCGGGAUGUGUGCAUAAUGAGGAAUGGAAGUGAUGAGUGUAUAUAGAGUGGGCAGAUUCACGACGUCGCCAAAUGGCGGAUCAUGAC